UACUUGACAAUAUAAUGCGCGUUUGAAUGCAUCGCGAAUCAUCCUUGCCAGCUGAAGUAUAACCAAAGGCGAGACCGCAAAGAACGCCAUCAUCAAGGAAACAGCUUGCGUAAAGCGGACCAACACCGAGGUCUGGGAGCUUGGCCUAGCCAAUUUUGCCUCUGUGCUAGAUUUUGGAGAGCAGAGUUCGUACCAAACUGAAGCGUCUAGACGCUUUCAUCGCCAAUGCAGGAGUCGAAGUGCAAAAAUUCCAGUAUGCAGAGGGUCUUGAGCUGCAACUGACAGUCAAUGUCGUUUCAUGUUUCCUGUCCGCCAUUUUCGUUCUGCCAAAGCUCCCGCAGACUCCGGAGGCGCAUAACAUUGACACGACGCUUACAUUCUGCGGUUCGAUGUAGCAUAUCAUGGGUCCCGAUGCCGAGCUGUACAUUCCGGAGGGUGCUAAGACAUCUGAAAUUCUCGGUGAUCCGAAACGAAAAGACAUCGUCUCGCGAUAUGCCUUGAGUAAGUUUAUGGUCCAUCACUGCUACCACCAACUUGCUGCUUCUCUUCGGAACAGCCCAACCCAGGAUCGGUCUUGCGUCAUCUUCAAUAUGAUUAACCUAGGCUGGUGUGAGACGGAAUUGUCUCGCACGAAGCCACGUCCAAUUACGGAAAGACUAAGCUUUGCAGUGAUGGUGUGGAGCGCCGAGAAAGAAAGCAGAUCUUAUAUCCAUGCCUUGGCAGCAGGAAGAGAAAGUCAUGGGUGA